AGGCCCGUUUACUAGAACAUCGCUCGAAAGUAAAUAAAGAACGGAUACAACAAGAGGUGAACUCGCUCAUUCUCACCCUCCGGGAAAAAGAGCAAGAAUCGAUUCUCGAAGUGGAAAGUCAGAAGAUGAAGGUUUUAGAACAGAUAGAGAACAGUAAAGAUGAAUUAUCGGCUCAGUUAAUCGAAAGGAAGCAUUCCAUGUCAAAACUUGAGACUUUUGUUCAACGCACCCCUGCUGCAGAGCUUGUAAGGAGCAAACUCAAUAUGCAUGAGCUAUGUCAAGAACUCCUAAAGCCACAAGACAUGCCUUCAAUGGUUGAUAUUAGAAUCCCUUCCACAGUAUUUUUCAAGAAUGAAGAAAUCUCUAAAACCCUCAAAGAAUCAAGAAUUGGGCAGCUUGAUGAAGUCGAAACUGAAAUAGAACUGAAGCAAUGCUCAUUAGAAGGAUCCAAGGCAGGUACAGUGGGGUUGGAGUCACAGUUCGAACUCAUCACACGAAAUUCUAAAGGGGAACAGUACCACUGCCCGGCGGACUUAAUCACAGUUGACAUUAUUUCGAUACAAAGCGGGCACACUGUUGAGGAAGUUGAAAUUAAUGACCAGAAAAAUGGCAGCUACAUAAUUUCCUACAUUCCCAAAGAAGCUGGAGAGUAUUUAUUGAUUGUUUCAGUAAACGAAACAGACCGUAGGGAAUUUCCAGCCUUUAAAAUCAAAGAACGUACCUUCACGCCACUGAGAUGUAUCGGAGAAGGAACUACAGAAGAAAAAAAAGUGAAAUAUCCAUGGGGAAUUGCUGUGAAUGACUCCGACGAAAUCUUUGUGAGUGAUAUGAACAACAAUCGCAUUGUGGUUUUCAAUGAAUAUGGGGAGUUUGUCAGGUCAUUUGGACAUAAUAUUCUCAGCUGCCCAACAGGUUUGGUUGUUGAUAACACUGGUAGAAUAACUGUAAUAAACAGAGAUGAUGGCAAAAUAUUAUUAUUUACAUCAAAUGGCGAAUACGUUAGAACUAUUUGCGAUGGUCACUCACUGAAAGAUCCCCGAGGAGUAGCGUUAGAUUCUCAAGGAAAGCUAAUUGUGUGUGACUCAGGGAAUGCCUGCGUUAGGCUUAUUUCUCCCCAAGGAAAAAUUCUUAAGACAAUUGGGAAAGGUUUUGUUGUCAUGCCAAAUAACUGUGUGGUUUAUAAAGACAAAAUCUUUGUGUCUGAUCGUGACGCCAAUCUGAUUAAAGUUUACACUGACAAUGGAAGAUUUCUGUAUGAGUUUGGACGAUAUGGAACUAAGGUUGGCGAGUUGAAUAGGCCAACAGGACUAGCAGUGGACAAAACAGGUAAUCUUCUUGUUUGCUCUUUCCAUAACAACGCAGUGCAGAUUUUCACUUUAGAUGGUGAGUUCGUUACUCAGUUUGGAAAACGUGGACAAGAAUUGGGUCAAAUGUGGAGUCCUUGCUCCGUUUCUGUACUGAAAAGUGGCCGCAUUGUCGUUAGUGAGUUUGAAAACGACCGCCUACAACUGUUUGAAUAA